CUAUAUAAAUGGCUGCCAGACUCAUUCGUUUAUGCACCAAAAUCAAAAAGCCAGCGUCCUUUUAAAGUUCUCCCUGUGCUUUGCUGUGAAGCCACCUUGACCUUUCAAAUUAUCAGUACUAGCAUGUCUUCCAACAUCAUGAGAAGUGACACAGAGAGUGCCUGGGUCUUUGCCCUGGCAUCCAAAUGCCGAGCUUUUUCUCAAGAAAACAUUGCAUGGUCAAUCUUGAUCAGCUCUCUUGUCUGGCUAGUUAUGAACCUGGUCUAUUGGGCUCACCCCGGAGGUCCAGCUUGGGGCAAAUAUAUGUUCAAAAACUGUUCCUGUCUUUCUGUUGCUGCUAACAAGCGAAUUCCAGGGCCUAGGGGUUUGCCUCUACUUGGCAGCAUGAACCUCAUGGCCAGCUCCCUGGCUCACCAACGGAUUGCAGCCGCUGCUGAGACGUGCAAAGCCAAGAGGCUUAUGGCCUUUAGCCUUGGUGAUACUCGUGUUGUUGUCACAUGCAAUCCGGACGUUGCAAGAGAGAUUCUCAACAGCUCUGUAUUUGCUGAUCGUCCGGUCAAAGAGUCGGCUUAUAGCUUGAUGUUUAACAGAGCAAUUGGGUUCGCUCCUUAUGGAGUUUACUGGCGAACCCUGAGGAGAAUCGCAGCCACGCACCUUUUCUGUCCUAAACAAAUCAGAGCUGCAGAAGAUCAAAGACGCCUGAUUGCCUCUGAAAUGGUCACCCUUUUUGCUCGCCAUAACCAAACCUUUGGCGUACGCGAAGUGCUCAAACGGGCUUCCCUUAACAACAUGAUGGUUUCGAUAUUCGGACGAAAAUAUAAGUUAGAUUCCACCAAUAAUGAAGUUGAAGAACUACGAGCUCUAGUUGAUGAAGGGUACGAUUUGCUGGGCACAUUAAAUUGGUCUGACCAUCUUCCUUGGAUAGCUGAUUUUGACCCGCAAAAAAUCAGAGUUAGAUGCUCAAAACUUGUACCUAAAGUUAACCAAUUUGUCAGUCGAAUUAUAUCAAAACACAGGGCUCAAACAAACGGAAAAACUCGGGAUUUCGUUGAUGUUUUGCUUUCUCUCCAAGGUGCCGAUAAGUUAUCAGACUCUGAUAUGAUCGCCAUUCUUUGGGAAAUGAUAUUCAGGGGAACUGAUACAGUGGCUGUCCUGAUCGAGUGGAUACUGGCCAGGAUUGUGCUUCACCCUGAUGUUCAAUCAAGGGUCCAUGAUGAGCUUGACAAGAUUGUUAGCAGAUCAAGAGCCGUCGACGAGUCUGAUGUAAUGAACAUGAUUUAUCUUCCAGCUGUGAUCAAGGAAGUUCUGAGGCUUCAUCCACCGGGCCCAUUACUCUCCUGGGCCCGCCUAGCCAUCGCUGAUACAAGUAUUGAUGGGUAUCACGUGGCAGGGGGGACAACAGCAAUGGUGAACAUGUGGGCCAUCGCAAGGGACCCUCAAGAGUGGGCGGACCCACUUGAAUUUAUGCCCGAUAGGUUUGUGACUAAAAAGGGUGAGGUGGAGUUUUCUGUGCUUGGUUCAGACCUUAGGCUGGCUCCAUUCGGCUCGGGCAGGCGGACAUGCCCCGGAAAGAACUUGGGGCUUACCACCGUCAGCUUUUGGGUGGCAUCGCUUUUGCACGAGUUCGAAUGGCUACCAUCUGAUCGAAACACUGUUGACUUAUCCGAGGUUCUAAGGCUAUCUUGUGAGAUGGCCAGUCCUUUGAGUGUCAAGGUUCGCCCCAGACGUAGGUUAAGCCUAUCUCACUAAGGUUUACUAUUGUCAUUGACAAUUUCUAUGAUAAUAUAAC